GGCCGCCGCGGCGGGCGCGGGCGGCCUGGCGCACCUGGGUAGCCUCUGGUACGGACAGAGGUGCACCUGCCAGGUGGACCUCGGCGAGGGUCUCUCGGUCGCCCGCGAGCUGCUGCGCCUGCUGGAGGGCCAGCUGCAGCGUUGGGGGCCCGCCAACCUCACGGUCCCCGCGCCUUGUGCGCCGCCCGAGUGCUCGGGCUACCAGGGCCUAGUGGUGCUGCUGGUGGCGGUGCUGGCGUUCCUGGCGGACGUCUGCGCCUCGACGGACUGCUGCUGGUGGUGGCUGCGCCGCGCAGCGACGGCCGCCCGGGGCCGUCUCUGCCUCCCAGAGGUCCCCGAUGUCCGCUCACCUUCGUCAGGGCCAGCGGGUGCUCGUCUCCUGCGACGUGGGCCUGAGCGGCUCUUGUGCGCUCGCGUGCACGAGGGCGCGUGGGUGGUCGCCGCUCCCGAGCGCGACAUCUACCUGGAGGACCGUCAGGACGGGAUCGAGAGCCUGGUGUCGCUCGGCCCGAUGGGUGGGCUGCCGUCUGGCUGGAGCUGCGGGCCGACGCACAUGUUCCGGGGCUCGUCCCAGGGCCCGCUGCGUCAGGCUGAGAGCUUGCGCCCGCAGGCGGAAGGUGCGGAGCUGGCGGAGCAGGAGCGGCGGGACCUCGGCCUAGGCGCUGCUCGGCCUGCGCCUCUCCCCGCCCGUGCGCCGCCGCCGCUGGCGCAGGAGGGCGACCCGGCAGCUGAGGAGGGCGAGUGGCGCUCAUCCGAGAGUCGGGGAGAGGCGCGCUUGGGCGAGCGCGUGGGUGCCGCGGAGCUGGAGGGGCCGGCCAGCGAGCUGCGGACGCUCCCCAUGAGGCACGAGAAUUCGACUCGGCGGUGCCGCUCCUACAAGGAGGCCGCGUCGCUCACCGCGACCGCGGCCUUCGACGACUGGUUCUUGGGCCUGGGCCCCAGCGACUGGGGUGUGGGGGGGCGCGAGUCCUUCGGCCGGCUCUUCGAGUGCGCCCCGAUGUACGACCAGCUCAACUUCGGUGAGUUGGCCUCGCUGGAGCUCGCGGGGCGGCGCUGCCAGUUGCUGGAGGAGAGGUGCGCCCGGAUGCCGAUCUUGGCGACGGCAGGCGGUGACAGCGGCCGCCUCGACAACGACAGGAUCUUCAUGGGCGAGGAGGGCCGGCGCGGGCGCGCUCUGGUUGCGCCGGCGCUGGAGACUUGGAUCUCGCAGAAGUUGUCGGAGUUGAGCGCCGUGCUCAAGGGGCGCCGCAAGGCCAUGGGGGAGCGGCAACCGACUCGCUCGACGGACGUGACCCCCGGUGCCUCGAGCAAGACGAACGACGACAAGCCCCCCAAGAACCCGCGCAAGAAAGGGGUUAUCGCCGGCGGGGCUGCGUGUUUCGCGCUGCGCGGAUCGCCGGCGCUCGCGCCGUCGGGCUGCGGAGGCGUGGCUGCAGGACGGUUUGCCCUGCCGGCGGUCGGCAACCAGGCGAUCGACCUCGUCGGCUGCCUGCCCGACCACUACCAGAGGUUGCUGGAGGAUAGUGGCCGCGCUAUUCGGCUACCGGCAGCGUGUGCACAGGACCGCGUGGCGAGGGCGGACGAGUUGGACAUCGCGAUGGAUUCCAUCCAGUGGAGGUCUCCGAGCAAGUUCGCCGUUCGCAAUCUUGUGGGAGUCUUCUUUGUUCGCAAGAAGGGCGGCUCGCUGCGGAUCAUCUUCGAUCCUCGGAAGACCAUCGCGCAGUUCGUGCCGCCCGACGGUGUCGCCUUGGCCUCGCCCGAGGCCCUCGGCGAUCUGGAGCUGCCAGCUGGUCAAAGGUUGUGGGUCAGCGAGGGGGGCGUCGAGAACUGCUACUGCCAGUUCCUGCUGCCAGUUGACCUGCGUGCCGACUUCGUCGUGCUGCCGGCGGCGGCGAAUGCGGAGCUGCUGCGGUCGCGGCCAUUGGGCGCUCGACGCUGGCUCUGCAAUCGCCGCUGCGCGCCCGCCGUCGCCGGGCGCGAGCUCGCUGCUCUUCUGUGCAUGGACAACUUCGCCUCGUUGGGGACCGUGAAGGAGGCAGUCCAGGUUGACGGCGACUCGAGCGAGGGGCAGCUGAGGGGUCGUGGUCUGGCUACUCAUGACGUCUCCGGGCCGCAAUUCGACGUGGACCUCCUGGGCUUCCACGUCGACGGGGAGAAGGGCGCGAUCCACAUCGCGCCCAGCGGUUCUGGCGGCUGGCUGAUCGGGCACCUGACGUACGUCCUCUUGCUGCGGCGCGAGAUGCUCAGCCUGCUCAGCGCCUCCUACGUCUUCAUCGGCAAGCGCCUGGGCGCCUGGCGUCGUGCCGUGGAUGCGUCCCUGACGGGCUUGGGCGCUGUGGAGUGCGCCGCCGCCCCAGCCGAGGUGGGCCGCAUCGCGCGUGUGCGAGAGCGCUGGCGGUUCGAGGAGCGCGAGCUGGUGGCCGAGGGCUCGAGGGCGCGCGCCUUGCGAGAGUGCGCCAAGGGCGACUCCGCCUUUCCCGACGUGCCCGCCGAUUUCUUCAAGUCAUUUCCGUAG